AUGCAGGUGCUCAGGCAGCUCCUCCUCCUGCCUCUCUUAGCGGCUCUAGCUCUCGCUGAAGACAACUCAAGAGAAUCCACAGGUGUACCUCGCUGUGGGGCUUCACUUCACGAGCUCAACAAAGCACUAAGGAUUGAACUAAAUGCAAACGCAAGCUGCGUCUGGCAAAUUCAGAGGAAUGUGAAUCAAACAAUUAGGCUCAUUUUCUCCUACUUUAAAUUUGCUCCUUCUUCAAGCUGUGAAACAGAAAGUAUUAAAGUAUAUGAUGGUCCCUCAACUAAUUCGCCUCUUCUUGGACAAGUAUGUAACGACACUGAUGCGGUCCCAGUACUUCAGUCAUCUUCAGACAGUUUAACUUUUCUCAUCACAACAAACUCUGUGGCUUUCACACGGAACUUCUUUGUCUCCUAUUACUUUUUUUCACCAGAAACAAAAACUGAAAACUGUGGGGGACAAUUAACUGGUCCCAAUGGGACACUUAUCAGCCCCAACUACCCAGCAGCUUACCCUGAAUUUACAUACUGUGUCUGGCACAUACAAACAGCAAGAAACUCGAAGAUAAACUUACAGUUCCAGGAUCUCUU